AUGUCAGAAAAUCUGAAAUUCGACCGAGCCUACUGGGAUGACCUCUUCGAACACACUGCUCAGCCAACCUCGGAGGCCGACAAGCUGCACCUUGUCUUUUCAUUGAUAAUAUACCUCGGGCUAGCACUCAGCAAGCUGCUGACGUUCGCUUUCACCAGCAAGAUCCGGGUGGUCCGCGAGCGAGCAGGAACCUUCCUGAGCAUCUGGAAAGGCGCAGGCCAGAGCGAGUGGUAUGGGCCAUCAGAACUAUACAAUAUUUGGCACGACGAGUGGCCACGUACCCGAGGCGAGCUCCACGAGCGGAUUGUCAAGCCCUGCGCGCACAAGAUCGCGCUUGACGAGAGCAACCGUGUUAUUCAAGAGAACUCGUUCAGAGUGCGGCUUAAAGAACUCACCAUAGCCGAUGUGCGGAGACUCUUGGAUCCCGCGGCAGUUGCAGAUAGGCUGCGAACACUGGCGCCUUUCACCAUUUCGUAUCUCCAUGUCUUCACUGCCUCGCCAAAUCGGUACCGCAAGGAUCUCGCGCGCAAGGCCGAGGCACUGGAACGUCGUGCAGGGGAGACGUCGGAUGGAGAAGAGGAUGUACCACCUGUUGGGAGCGAGCCAGUCGAAGGCGCCGGAGGCGGAGGACAUUCGGAGGGUAUUGCCAGUGAUCCAUUUGCGGACACGGGGCCGGCACCUGAGGAUUGGCGUGCGCAGUACCUGGGAUUCACCCGUAACCCGAUGAUAGCGAUCAUCACGGCAAUCAUGAUGCUUGCCUUUGUCCGAAAUCGUGCCACAAAUGUACUCGCACUCCCCCUUGGCCUUUUCUUCGGCAUCUCAGGGACCAGUUCUCGUGUGCUGAACAUGCUCAGUAAUAUCGGCCUGUCAGUUUCAAUCACGACUAUAGAGGACAUGAAAGUGCAGAUGUCGAAGGAUGCCAUACGCCUCGCCAUCGCGGUGCUCACCAGUAGUGCAAUAUUCUACAUCAUCUUCGACAACAUCAACUUGUAUCUGCGUAAAUUCCAGGAGCGAAUCACGAACCGUCAUUCAAUGAUCCAUGCGACGAAUGCGGCCGUUGUUCUGUUGCCCGGGCUUGACGAAGAAGCAUUGAACCUCAAGGCGAAGCUUGCUCUCCGGGGCCAGCGAGCGAAGGCACGCCUUUCAGACAUUCGCCCAACUCAUGCUGACGAUGAACACAUGGAGAAGGCCUUCAUCACCGACGGACACACCACGGGCCUGGGCGCAGCGACAACCGGACGGCCGGCGUGGACGAGCGGAGUGCGGGAACGGGUGAUUGGCUCGCGGGGACGGGCGAGAGCGAGGCGAGGGCGAGGGCGCGACGAGGGCGAGGGCGCAGGACGCGUCGACGUGCUGCGCGACGCGUACGACGACCGCGGGCACACAUACAAGGCCGACAAACGGUCAGGAGCCAUCGGGCGGACGGGUGGACGGACGGGCGGGCGGGCGAGCAGAACGGCAAGCGAGCGAGUGAGUCGGCGGGCGGACGAGGAGGCGACCGCACACGCCCACCGCGAGCGCGCUGGGCGAAUGCCCAGCACGCAGACACAACCGACGGAUGUACGCGCAGGCGGGAAAAUGGGCGCGCGGGCAGGCGAGCGGAUGGACGAGCGGGAGGGCGGGCGGACGAGCGGGAGGGCGGACGAGCAGGCAGGCGGAUGGGCGGACGGGCGGACGAGUAGGCAAGGGGGCGAGUGA